GUUCCUUUGGUUUUGGCGGUGAUUUUGGAGGGUCACAGUAACUGCGUAUAGAAGUGUAGUCCCUAAAAUCGAGACAGAACGACUUGCACGUUUUAAAGAAUUAACUUUAUCAAUAAAAUAUAGUUAACAUGGAGUUAAAAGUUCCCUCUGAUGCGUAUAUAACGCAAUAUCAACAACAGCAACAUCUGGAUCACGCUCGAUCAUGGAUUCAACAUUUAAGCAGACAAAGUAUUGACCACGCCCCAUUUUUUGUGAGACAUACCACUUUAGUUUGUACAUUAGGUGAACUUUGGGACUCGGAUGAAAAAAUUGACCAGAUGAUUAAAGGUGGAAUGAACAUCUUGCGUCUGAACUUGAGUAUGGGAUCUAAAGAAAGAUAUGCAGAAGUUAUUCGCCGAGUCCGAAGUCUUGAGAAAUCUUAUGGACAUAAUCCAUCUGUUGGGAUCGCACUAGACCUAUCUGCACCUCCUGUGCGUACAGGGCUUGUAAACGGAAGUGUUGAUGGCACUAUAGUCCUUCAGAAUGGUCAGAUGACCAAGUUAACUAUCGACAGCCAAUAUGAAAACAAGACGACGAGCUCCAUAAUUUGGAUAAACUCACAAUAUUUUCCAUCUAUUCUGAAUUCUAUCGCAACCGGGGAUCGAAUUUACAUAGAUGAAGGCAUAAUAUCUUUGAUUGUUCGUGAUGUCGAAGUGAAUAACAUAAGUUGUUUUGUUGAACAAGGAGGUGAGGUUGGAAGUUAUAAACGUGUUCACUUCCCAUGUGAAAGGAUGUACGAAGCAACAUUUAAUAACCUUUAUAAAAGUGACUUGGAAUUCGCUGUUCAGUGCCAGGUUGAUUAUGUUUUUACCGGUUAUUCCAUUAACGUUGACCAAAUUAUUCAAGCUAAAAAUAUUUUGGGCAAAGACAUUUUACUCUUUGCAAAGAUAGAAACCAAGGACUCGGUUAAAAACUUACAUGAUAUAAUGACAUAUUCUGACGGAAUCAUCAUCGGGCGUGGUAGCCUCAGCUUAUGUUAUCCAAACGAAAAAGUCUUUCAGAUACAAAAACAAAUAAUUGCCAAAUGUAAUAUAUUCCAAAAACCCGUGUUUGUUAUAACUCACUUACUUGAGUCAAUGAGGUUUAAACCGCGUGCAACCAGAGCAGAAAUAAGCGAUGUUGCUAAUGCCGUCCUCGAUGGUGCCGAUGGACUUAUACUGACUGUUGAAACUUCCAGAGGAUUGUUUCCCAAAGAAUCACUGACAGUCUUACAUAAGACUUGUCGUGAAGCCGAGUCCACUAUUUUUCAUGAAAUGUUUUGGAUAGACCUUAAAACAGCUCGAGAAGUAAGAGGAUUAUCAACAUGGGAUCCAGCAUACUUUGCAUGUUUAGCUGCUGUUGAAGCUUCCACUACAUCAAAUUCAUCUGCCAUUUUUGUAAUAACUACUUCUGGACGUUCUGCCUUAGCCAUAGCUUCAUUUCACCCUUCUUGUCCAGUUGUUGCAAUUAUGAGACGACCUGAAAUAGCACGGAAAUGUCAUUCCAUUCGUGGUAUACAUCCAUUUGUUUAUACGGGCGAGAAAUUAUGUGAAUGGUCUCAUGAUAUGGAUGCUCGAUUGAAUGCAGCAUUGGAUUUUGCCAAAAUGCGAGGUUUCGUUGGUGCUGGUGAUCAAAUUAUAGUGGUUACUGGACAAAAGGCAGGAAGUGGUUCUACCAAUACUGUGCGCAUUUGUGAAGUUCCACCUAAAAAUGUUCCUCUAUCUUUUGUUAAAUCACAACCCUCUUUCAUCUCUGAAAUCUGAUUGUUUGAAUUAUAUUCAUUCUACUUUCUGAAAUAAAAAUAUAUCAGUACUUUUAUGCUUACCAUUCCCUAUUUCUGCUAUCACACUAACAUAUUCUGACAAUUUUGAUAAGUUGAAUUCCCAUGUUUUAGUACUUAAUUCUGUCUUUGUUUUUAGAUUUGUACUUACAUCAAUUUUAAAAUAGUAAACUUGUUAGUAUAUAUUAUGGAUUAUGCUCUGUCUAAAAAAUAUUUUGAAAAAUAUCUUAUUUACUUUUGAAUA